UUUUGCGGCAACGGAAGUCGGGAUGAAUUUGGGCCCUCCGCGCUCGCCGUAGUGCGGCCUGUACUAAGCCCCUCUCUGCGCGGGGGGGGGCGAGUCCUCGCCCGGCCCGUUCCCUCUCGCCCCGGCCGCUGUCGGGGGGAGCCCGGCGGGCGAUUAACACUAAAGCCCCACGAUGUCCCUGAAACCACGAGUAGUGGACUUUGAUGAAACAUGGAAUAAACUUUUAACAACAAUUAAAGCUGUUGUUAUGUUGGAUUACGUUGAAAGAGCAACGUGGAAUGACCGUUUUUCAGACAUUUACGCUUUGUGUGUGGCAUAUCCUGAACCUCUUGGAGAGAGACUUUAUACCGAAACAAAAAUUUUUUUGGAAAAUCAUGUACACCUUUUGCACAAGAGAGUUUUGGACUCUGAAGAACAAGUACUGGUUAUGUAUCAUAGAUACUGGGAAGAAUAUAGUCAAGGAGCAGACUACAUGGACUGUUUAUACAGGUAUCUCAACACACAGUUUAUUAAGAAGAACAAAUUGACUGAAGCUGAUCUUCAGUAUGGCUAUGGAGGUGUGGAUAUGAAUGAACCACUGAUGGAAAUAGGAGAGCUAGCACUUGAUAUGUGGAGGAAAUUAAUGAUUGAGCCGCUACAGGCCAUCCUCAUUCGAAUGCUCCUCCGAGAAAUCAAAAAUGAUCGCUGUGGAGAAGACCCAAACCAGAAAGUAAUCCAUGGGGUUAUUAACUCCUUUGUUCAUGUUGAACAGUAUAAGAAAAAAUUCCCCCUAAAGUUUUAUCAGGAAAUUUUUGAGUGUCCUUUUCUGAAUGAAACAGGGGAGUAUUAUAAACAAGAAGCUUCAAAUUUAUUGCAGGAGUCCAACUGUUCACAGUACAUGGAAAAGGUUUUAGGUAGAUUAAAAGAUGAAGAAAUGCGAUGUCGGAAAUACUUACAUCCCAGCUCAUAUGGCAAAGUGAUACAUGAAUGCCAACAGCGAAUGGUGGCAGAUCACUUGCAGUUUCUACAUGCAGAAUGUCAUAAUAUCAUCAGACAAGAGAAAAGAAGUGACAUGGCAAAUAUGUACACCCUUCUUCGAGCUGUGUCAAGUGGUUUACCUCAUAUGAUUCAGGAACUACAAAAUCAUAUCCAUGAUGAGGGCCUUAGAGCAACCAGCAAUCUUUCUCAGGAAAAUAUGCCAACUCAGUUUGUGGAGUCAGUUUUGGAAGUACACAGUAAAUUUGUUCAACUCAUCAACACUGUUCUGAAUGGUGAUCAACAUUUCAUGAGUGCCCUUGAUAAGGCUCUGACAUCUGUAGUAAAUUAUAGAGAACCCAAGUCAAUCUGCAAAGCACCUGAGCUGCUGGCCAAGUACUGUGACAACCUGCUGAAGAAAUCGGCAAAAGGAAUGACAGAGAAUGAAGUGGAAGACAAACUUACAAGCUUCAUUACUGUUUUCAAAUACAUUGAUGACAAAGACGUAUUCCAAAAGUUCUAUGCCAGAAUGUUGGCAAAACGAUUAAUUCAUGGUUUGUCUAUGUCUAUGGACUCUGAAGAAGCUAUGAUUAAUAAACUAAAGCAAGCCUGUGGUUAUGAGUUUACCAGCAAACUCCAUCGAAUGUAUACAGACAUGAGUGUUAGUGCUGACCUCAACAAUAAAUUCAACAACUUUAUUAAAAACCAGGACACCAUUAUAGAUUUGGGAAUUAGUUUUCAGAUAUAUGUUCUACAGGCUGGUGCAUGGCCUCUAACUCAGGCUCCUUCAUCUACAUUUGCAAUUCCUCAGGAACUGGAAAAAAGUGUACAGAUGUUUGAAUUAUUUUACAGUCAGCAUUUCAGUGGGAGAAAGCUUACUUGGUUACAUUAUCUUUGUACAGGUGAAGUUAAAAUGAACUAUUUGUGCAAACCAUAUGUAGCCAUGGUCACAACAUACCAAAUGGCAGUACUACUUGCCUUCAACAACAGUGAAACUGUCAGUUACAAAGAGCUUCAGGAUAGCACACAAAUGAAUGAGAAGGAGCUGACAAAAACCAUCAAAUCGUUACUUGAUGUCAAAAUGAUCAACCACGAUUCAGAUAAGGAAGAUAUAGAGGCAGAGUCUACAUUUUCAUUAAAUAUGAACUUCAGCAGUAAACGAACAAAAUUUAAAAUUACCACGUCAAUGCAAAAAGACACGCCACAGGUUGCUGCUUGAAAGGAUAUCUGAAUCCAGAGGUGACAGGACAAGGAGAUGGGGCUUUCAGUCUCUGAGUAGGUGUGGAUGAACUACUUACCACAAGGUAAAAAGUGGGGGGUAUUUACUGUAAAUCAGUUACUCUGUGGUAACUGCCUGUUUGCACACUCUUACCUUGCAGCAGCUGAAAUGUAAUAGCUUAGCCUUCAUUGAGAUUUCAUCUACUGUGUGGUAAGAAUAAGCAUGCAGACAAUUUCUGCAGACCCACAGAACAUGGUAAAUCCCUGCUACCUUUUACCUACUGGUAAAUGGUUUGGCUGCCCAGGUUUUGUAAAUGUCUUUAAAAAAAUGUUUUUUAAAGUAAUUUUAAAAAAUGAAAUAGCUGAUUUUUUUAAGACAAUAAAAAUGUUUCCAUAAAACCUUCCUGCUAGUCUCUUCUUACUAAGGACUGUUUUCCUGGCAGAAGAAAUAAUCUCAGAAGCUAAAUUUAAAAUCAGUGACAUUGUAAGACAUGCAUUGGUCAGCUGUUGGUGUAUUUCUCAAGAGUGUGAUUGAAGGUAUUCACACUCCAAAGCCAACCUAAAGUCUUCAUCAUUUCUCAGAUAAUGCAUUUCCUGAUAUGUUAUAACAUGUGGAGGCUUAGCUAAUUUGGCUGCUGUUAGUAAAAACAUCCUAGGCUUUUGCAAAAGUAGAUUUUCUCCUUCAAGUGACUGUUCAUAUGCACAUUCACUGCAGAGAGCAGGUGCAUCUCAUGCACCUGCAGUGAGGCCAAUAGUACCUAGCCACCCUCCGUACCAUGCACCAAGUGUGUAGUAGGUCAUAGUGUUCUUUAGUUCUCCCCAGCAAGGUCUCUGUUUCAGAUAGCUGCAGCAACUCUUAACUCCUUUAACUUUAGAUAAUUUAACCAGUUAAUCAGGAGAGCUGGGUUUCCCUUUUGGCAGUUGGCAACCUGAUGAUUUAAAGAAGUGACUUCUUCUAGGUCAUGUGGCUUCAAGUAUUGCACCUUAUUCUAGGAGGCUGUUGUGGCAAUUGGUUAACAGUAAAUUCCUAUACUGCCUUGGGGGGUGUAGGUUGUAGCUGUGUUGGUCUAAGGACACAGGCAGACAAGGUUCUUUGGG